GUCUGCAAAAGCUGUUUAUUAAGCAAUAAAAGUUGAGCAGACAGUUGCUCCUGCUUCAAAUCACAUCUUAUUCUAGUUUUACACAACCUUUCAAUCUAUUGUAAUUCACUUUAUUAACAAACAAGGGUCUAUCUAAUUGUCAAGUUAAUCAUGCCAAGUAAAAUUCAUUCAGUUGCUGGUCAUCAAUUUAAAGCUACUUUGCUUACUUCACCAACCUUCUGUUCUCAUUGUCAUGGAUUCAUUUAUGGUCUUGGGAAACAAGGAUAUCAAUGUAAAGGUUGUUUCUGUGUUGUACACAAAAGGUGUCACAUUGCUGUGAAAAGUCGAUGUAAAUUUGGAGAAACUAAUCAGGAUUUGCCUAAUGAGGAUCAACAAGAUAUUGGUAAAUCUCAUACUCGCACCUACAUGUUACCAAUUGUCUGUAAUUGUGGUUCAAUAUUGGGCGGAAUUGUUCAUCAAGGCUUCAAAUGCAAAGAUUGUGGGGCAAAUGUUCGCAGAAAAGGCAGAAAAUAUUUUCCCAUAAAAUGUUGACAUAAUGCUUUAUAUUGCUGGCUUGUCAAACCUUUAUUAUUAACUGCAGACGGUUAACCAACUAUCAACUAAUAAUUUCGAAAAUUUAUUUAAAUCUUCGAAAAAAUGAAUUCCUUGAUCGAAAUUUUAGUUUGAAAAUAGCCAUAUGAUAAUAAUAUUAAAUCAUGUUCAACCCAAUUGGUAAAAAGUUGAUCGAUUUAAAUUGUUAAUUCUUAUUUUAUUUUGAUUAUGGUCAUCAUGAAAAUUAUUCAUUUAAUAGAUUAAAGCUCAAUAUAUUCUUUAUUCUUCUUUAGGUAUUAUCACAACGUAUCACAAUGUACAUACCUAAUACCUAAUAUGAUUGGAAAGAGCUUUAAAAUCAAAGAGUGAUCAAUAAAAUAAUUUAAUAUGUUAAAA